AUGCGGCGCCUUCUUCCACUGCUGCUGCUGCUGCUGCUGCCGCCAUCCGUCGCUCAGCUGGUGCCACGCGUGGUGCUUGUGGCCGCCUUUCCGCCGGAGUUGGAACGGUGGAUCGAGCGAUUGCCGUUGUCAGAAGAACUGCCAUUUCCUGCUGGUGCUGGCCCCCAGGUUCUUCAUUGGAACAGUGACUUGCAGAUCCUUGGCCUUGUGACUGGGCAGACCUCCAAGAGUGCAGCCAUGUCGGUCACAGCCUUGGGCCACGAUCCACGUUUCGACUUGCGCCACGCCUUCUGGCUCUUCGCGGGCAUUGCAGGCGUUGACCCUGAGCUGGGCUCCCUGGGGUCCGUGACCUGGGGCCGACGCUUGGUGGACGGCACCGCGGUGAAGUUCUUAGAUGCCCGGGAGAUGCCACAGGACUGGCUGACCGGCUGGCUACCACUGCACCGGGACAAACCCUACGGCUUGCCGAUUCCCUCUGUGGCCGAACAAAAGGACAUGGUUUGGACCUUGGACCUUCAUCCUGGGGGUUUGGUGGAACCCCUUGACGACCCUGUGGUGGCCAGAUGUGUUGUUGGACUUUAUACCUUUGGUUUUGGGGGAGGCUGA